AUGAAUGGGAUCGAGCGCACGGAGGACUCACCUGUCCUCGGUGCGAAGGAGACUUCACCGAAAUUGUACACAUACUCCCUUGCUCACCUGCACCUCAACGCUAACAUAACGCACCAGCUCGAACCCAGUGAAGCCCCGUCUACCUACGACUUCGACUUCGACCGACCGCCGUCUCUGCCUUUGCCCGCCGAACCGCCGUCAUCACUGCCCGCUGGCCUGCAUGACCACACUGGGCUACAGAACCAUAAUCCUUGGUCCGAAGACACGAACGACGAUGAUGGACCCAGUUUCACGACGUUCGAGUUUACGGCCACUGGUGGAAGUGGGAGAAUGGUUCUCAGCACCCGCUCAUGGAGGACCGAUGGGCGCAAUGUACGAACAGAUGAUCUCUAUGAAGCGCUUGAUGAGAUGGGACAAUUGCUUACCCGACUGGAUGAACUACAGAAUCGAGACAUGCCAGUUCCAUUUGGCCCUCUCGACCCCUUUGGAUUCCCGCGGGGACAAGGCGUGAUGGGACGACACGACCCUCCUCUCCAUUUGCAGCCGGCGGGUUUGCAAGAUCUCUUCUCUCUCAUUUUGCAAUCAAUGCAACCGGAAGGGCUUCGGGGUCCGGACGCUGAAGAUAGACAAAGAGGAGGCCAACCGCCUUUGCCAUUCGACCUUCUCCAACAAAUGCUCAACCCCGCGAAUGCUCGAUCUGGUGACAUGGUGUUCAGUCAAGAAGCAUUCGAUCGGGUUAUGACACAGCUCAUGGAACAACACAAUGGGAGCACCGCGCCUCCGCCCGCGUCAGAGGAAGCCAUCCUAUCCCUCAAAAAGAAGCAGGUGGAUAGAGAAAUGCUAGGCGAAGAAGGGAAGGCUGAAUGCUCGAUAUGCAUGGACAAUGUUGAGUUGGGCAACGAGGUGACCGUCCUUCCAUGCAAUCACUGGUUCCACGGUGACUGCGUAACAGCGUGGCUGAAAGAGCACGAUACUUGCCCCCAUUGUCGGAAACCCAUAACCGCUCCAGAAGAUCGCCAGCGGCCGGGACCUUCACGACGGAGACACAGUCGGCGAGCAUCUUCAGUAUCAAGUCCGCGUGCUUAUGGCCCUGAAGGCGGUCGUUACCCCCCAGCACCGAUCCCAGAGGGUCCCCGCACGAUACGAGAAGCUAGGGAGUCAUAUUAUGGAAGACCACAAGAGUACGACGUGGAACGCCCAGAAACCCAUCGCCAUUCAAGCAUUCAGAGUGACCUAAGACGGCAUAGCUCAAGAGGCCAAGGUGGAAGCAGUGGCGGAAGUCGCAAUGGUGGCAACGGUGGAAACGGUGGCGGAGUGACAGGCUGGUUUAGGAACCAUUUGCCGUUCUCUUGA